ACCACAAUGACACAACAACACAACCACAAAGCCUGACACCAAUACUACGCACACAUUAUCAAACUGCACAAUACCCUAAAAUGACGCGCGAUUCUACGGCAACCUACCUGCACAUGCACUCGUCGCACCACGCCGACCUCCUCGAGCAGUUCACGAAUCUCACCUCUUCGCAACUCACGCCCGAAGAUAUUUACGUUCCCCCACACCUCCAACCUGUAAACCCUGAGGACGAGGACGACGUUGUACCAGACCAGCACGCGGCAUUCGGCAUACAGCGAGCAACACAGACGAAGAAGGAACCAACAUGGCGCGACUUGGGGCUCGAAGAACUGUUGCGACGGGGACCCAUGGGCAUUGGAAGCGGGAGUGCAAGCGGAAGUGCGGUCGCAGCUGGUGGUAGUGGAAUUGUUGGACAGGGAAGAGAAGAGCCAGUUAGACUGGCGCUGGCGAGGCAGCCGGGUGCGAGGAUGGGUGUUAGAGUAGGCAACGGGAGCAGUGAGAGCUCUAGAAGUGGCGGAAGCGGUGCUGCUGGGAAUGGACUGCCGCGAUGAGGGGAAACAGCGUACCGGAUUCGGACGUUGAUAUCAGCGCAGGACUUUGCAUCUGCUUGGAAACAUGGGACACGCGCAGUGAGUCCUGUGGUAUCCGUGAUUUAGCUAGAGCUGUCAGGCUGAUCUGUGAUAGCCGUUGACAUCUGGACGAUUGCGCUAGCUUCACAGCCUACAACGAUCGCUCUUCCACGCUACGUUGAUUGGCAUCUGUACGCGCACAUCCAAUACCGCGGGUGCUUUUGCCAUGCUGUUGCGCGCAGAAGAC